AAGCGGUUGCUAGGAGACCACAGACGGGACAGUCCUACCAAACAGGCUAAAGCAGCCUAGUUUACUAACCUACCUCAGUCAGUCAUUUAGCCCCGUUUAGCUGCAUUUCAGCUAAAAUGUCCGAUAACGAGGGAGAACAGGGUCCUAAAAGCACGUUUUCUAUCUAUAUAGCUGAGGGAGAGCAGCUGUUCAACAAAAGAGAAUACACUAAAGCCAUCCAGAGCUACUCUACGGCUCUGACAUUACAGCCUGAGGACAAGAACUGCUUGGUUGCCAGAUCUAAGUGUUAUGUGAAAUUGGGGGAUUCUGAAAAUGCACUGAAAGAUGCUGAGGCUUCUCUCAAAGAGGAUAAGAAAUUUUUCAAGGGUUUGUAUCAGAAGGCAGAAGCUCUGUACACUAAGGGUGAAUUUGAGUUUGCACUCAUCUUUUACCACCGUGGUCAUAAGCUGCGUCCAGAGCUGCAGGAGUUCAGGCUGGGCAUACAGAAAGCUCAAGAGGCCAUCAAUAACUCUGUGGGCAGUCCCUCAUCUGUGAAGCUAGAGAAUACAUCUGACCUCUCCCUGCAGAAAGCUGAUGAGCUGAAAAAGGUUCCACCAAAGCCUGUGAAGAAGGUGCAGCUGAAACAGCAGGCCCAGAAGACGGUCAUGAGUGAGAGAACAGCAAGGCAGCUACUGGGAGAGCUUUACACUGACAAAGAGCACCUGGAGAAACUGCUCAGAGAUGAAGAUCUAAUAAAAGGAAAGACACGCAAUGGCGAGCGACUGCAGGAUGUGAUCCUGAACUGCAUCUCAUAUCUGGACACACGGACUGAAUUCUGGCAUCAGCAGAAGCCCAUCUACGCCCGGCAGCGAGACCAAAAGCUCCUGCGGCAGCAGUGGAAACGUACCCGCAACCACUUGUCCACUGACCCCACCCGCUACAUCCUUAAAAACCUGGAGGAGAUUGAUGCAGCACUGAGUGCAGGCAAAACAAAGAAGUACUUGAAAAAGGCCCAGGAGGUCCUGAAGAACGUGCACGGCUGGUCCGAGGAGGUAUUGCCCAAUAAAAGCGAGGUGCUGGAAAACCUGCACAGCUGCAUUGGUAAUGCAUUGAUGGAUUUGGACGACGUGGACAAGGCACUGGAAAACUACCAGAAAGCCCUAGAUCUGUCUCAAGAAGGUAAAUUAAUAGAGAGUAUAUCCAGGGCUCUUGAUAACAUAGGCAGAGCAUACACGCGUGUUGGCAAAUUUCAGCAAGCCAUAGAAGCCUGGGAAAAAAGGAUACCUAUGGUGCAGGAGGAGCAGGAGAAGGCCUGGCUCUUUCAUGAGAUAGGCCGCUGUUAUCUGGAGCUGCAGCGUCACACAGAAGCAAGAGAUUAUGGCGUCCGCUCCCUUAGCAUGGCUGAUGACAUUGGUGAUGAGAAAUGGCAGCUCAAUGCAAGUGUACUUGUAGCCCAGGCUGAGAUGAAGCUCGGUAACCAUCAGGCCAGUGUGUUGCACUUCGAGAGGGCACUGGACUGGGCAAAACUGCUGCAGGACAAUGCUGCCAGAGACGCCAUCCAGAAGGUUCUUCAUGAAACAAGACAACAAGUGACAAAGUGAGAAGAAACUUAGUACUGAUUGACUGUUCUGUGACUGAAGUAAAGCCUGCAAAUUCUAUUCACUGUUCAUUUACAUGAUUGCGGACUCCUGAAUAAAGCCUGAAAGAAGAAAAAAA